AUGGCUGAAAGCAACUCAGACGAAAAUUCGUUAGGCUCUCCUGUAGUGCAACAUAAAUUGUGUGAAUCCCAUGGGUUAAUUAUUGAUAUCAUAUGUGAGGGCUGUGAUGAGUUCAUUUGUGGUAUGUGCGCCAAGACAGAUCAUAGAAAUCAUAAGUGGAAGACUCUUACCACGGCAGCCACAGAAAGGAGGAGGGAUCUUCUUGAGUUUCUGACGAAGAUCAAGAAAGAAGACACACCGGAGAUUGACAAGAAGAUAAAGAAUAUUCCACAACAGAUGACAAACAAUAAAAAAAUGUGUGACUCUGAAAUUGAAAAGCUAGAAUGGCAUUGUGGAGAAAUAAUGGCAAGAUUGACAGAAAUCAAAAAACGUCAUGAACAGGCAUUAAGAGACAAACUGGUUGAAAAAAAUGAUCAACUAAACAGCGAGAAAUCAGAGUUAGAAAUAACAAAGAAAAGAAUUAUAGACAUCGUUGAAUUCUUGGAGGAUAACAACAGCACCAUGUCAGAUUACGGCUUGAUUGACAACCAAAGAGAACUUACAAAAAUGUUUUCUGAAUUAGAGUUUCAAAUGACAAACUGUAAACAUUCAUUGAAGUUUUCUAGAGGAGAAAUCAAUGAAGAUUUGUUAGAGUCAUUGCUUGGAAGUACAUUUGAUUCAAAUAAUAUUGGAAUGUCUCAAAUUAAUUCAUUCAAAUAUGGAGAUAGUGCAAUACUUUUCUUGGAGGCUUUAAGUGAAGAUCAAUGUUACAUAGAAGAUUAUGAAUCAGAAUAUACAGAAGUUAACAAGCAAGGUGUAAAAGGACGUAAAAUAAGUAUCACUUCCCAUGCUUCUAGAGGCAUAUGUUUGACUGAUAAUGGUGAUAUUUAUUUCAGUGACUCUCGUACAAAUUCCAUCUGUUGUCUUUCACCAUCAGGAUCUGUGUAUACAGUCAUCAGUACAGAUCCACUGGUACCAGGAGGAAUCUGUCAGUCAAUGUAUGGUGGACUACUGGUCACAUUGAGAGACGAGGAAUCAGGUGAAUAUUUUUUAAACUCACACAGCAGACGUCUUGUGAAACACGUCACAGUGACUGGUCAUGUCAUCUAUGAUUAUGAGUUCCUAUGGGAUGGCGAGACUAGACUUUUUACAUUGCCACUCAGAGUCACACAGAACAGUAACAGUGAUAUCUGUGUUGUGAACAAUACAAGUGACUAUUCAGGUGAACUUGUUAUCAUUUCAUCCUCUGGUCAUAUGAAGUCUGUCUACCUUGCGCAGGAGAUGGCAGAGGUCUUUAGUCCUGUUGAUGUGGUGUGCGACCCUCUCUGUAAUAUCCUUGUUACAGAUUACUACAGCAAACGGAUCCAUCUACUAAGUCCUGACGGGGAGUUCCUGAAGUUCUUAAUGACGGGAGAUUAUUUGAACGGUCCAUUCUCACUGUCUAUGUACAAGUCCACACUGUGGGUGGGAUAUCUUGAAGGACUUGUCAAAGUUUAUCAGUACACUAUGUAA